AUGCUUCUCAUAUGUCUCGGAUACUCUUACUCGGCCGCCACCUCAAAUUCCACGUCUGCCUCGCUUCACUUCUUUAAGACUUCCCUCUUCAAUCCCUCCCUCCCGUCUCCGGUCAUUGCGUCGUGGGUUGCUUGCAGCUUCAUUGGCAACCAUGGUCCCAUUGCACUGCAGGAAGACACCAAGGUGAGUACCAGCCAACCCCUCAUCCAAUGGACCUCUGCAACCUGCUGCCAACACAGUGGACUCUCUUUUCACAUCAGGCUGGCAUGUCCAGUGCUUUAGUGCUCCACACUGCUCCAGAGAAGGCAGCUGAGGAUAUGCCAGAGGCACCAACUCACAGUCAAAAGCAGAUUUUCCACACGUCUCCCGAGAAGGCGGCUGAGGAUACGCCAGAGGCACCAACUCACAGUCUGCAACUUCAUUGGCUACCAUGGUCCCAUCGCACAGCAGGAGGUCACUGAGGUGAGUAUCCAUCGGUUCCUCAUCUGAUGCACCUCUGCAACCUGCUGCUGACCCACUGGACUCUCUUUUCACAUCAGGCUGGCAUGUCCAGUGCUUUGGUGCUCCACAACGCUCAGGAGAAGGCAGCUCAGGAUGCGCCAGAGGCACCGGAUCACAGUCCAGAGCACAUCUUGUCCAGAUCACAGCCCAUCGUGAGUCCAAGGCUACUAGGGUCCAACAACUCUGCUGUGCUCUUUGCUGACACCAACCUUUCUUCAUUCCCUUAUCCACUGUCUACCCUCUCCUCAUCUUGGCCCACGUCCUCUUCUGGUGCUUAUCGCGCCCAAUCGCUUCCACGUACGCGCCAUCACUUGAUCAUCAUCAGGCUGGCUACCUUGUCGCCAUCUCAUGCUGCCCUUAACGCCGUCGAGCCUGUGCUUUCUCUUCUCUGGACUCACGCUGACUAUUGAUCGGUGCCGGUGCUCCGAAUGCGGCCGGCGCCACUUCUUUUGCUUUCAAUCGACCACGCCUCUGCCGCAUCCUGACAUCGCCAUCGACUGGCGUGUCGCGCCGAAGGUUCCCGCGCAUGCCACAUUGUGGACAUGCUUCGCGUUUAGAUGGGCGGACGUGAGCCACGUUCGUUGAGCCUCAUGCAUUUCACGUCAGGUACUCAACUGUUGUACCUCACUUCUCCAGGCUGAGCGGGCCCUCGCAAAGCAUGUGGCUGCGUUGGCCAAGAGCGAUCCGAAAUACGCUGCUUUCCUGCGAACUCUCUUGCCGGUACGUGUAGGCCCUUGCCACUCAGACAUAGUGCCAAUCAGCGCUGACCAUAUUACGAUUCACCGAAGCAGGGUACGGCAUCCUUUUGGACUUUCUACUCCGUGAGUCGCAAUGCUUCUUGCUUCCACGCUUGGACUCUGGCCACAAUCCCUUACCAUGCUUGCUUGUCGCGCAGAUGAUGUCCAAGCCGAAAGAGACAGGCGGCAUUCGCAGCUUUGCAAAGCUUCUCCGUCGUGCUCUCAACGGAGCUAUUGCUGCUCUCGGCCAGGGAUACACCCGCAUUUAUCGCUCCCUGGGCAAAUUGGAGCAACAUUAUAAGGUAAGCUUGAUUCAACGAUCUCAGGACUACCUCAACGUGCCAGUCGCUGACAAGUAGCCCCUGAUCAUGCAGGACGUGACCAAGAUGAUCCGCAAACUUCCGGACAUUGCGUUUGCGAUAGAAAUGAGGAACAUGGGUCAAGCUCUGGCCACAAUGGCGGAGCAGCACAACAGCAUGUUGGAAGCGUUCUCUGAGCGCUGUCAACGCUUGGCUUGCAGGGUUGAACUUGUGGCUCAGGAGCAGCUCGACCUCCAUGAGCUUGCUUCUGCUCGUCAGAAGCUUCAGGACAUUGUCGACAAUGAAGGCAACAAAGACGUUCUCAUCGCCGCUGCUCAAUGUGUCAAGACAAUUUGAAGUCACUAUGAAGCAAAUGUUGCAAGGCUUUACUUCACAGACCUCGUGGGACUUCUGCCUGCUCCGUCAACUCCCGAUGUCGCGAGUGAAAAGAGCAAGGACAAGUCUGCUGCCGCCGUCGGCGGGCCUAUCUUGGAUGGAAGCGCGAGCCUGGCUGGCAAUAGCGAUGGUGAGCACGGCUGUGUUUCAGAGCGUGGGAGCUCCCGAGACUUACAACUCGUGCGCCGUUCUGCAGACUCGUCCGAACCUGCUUCGAAAGCGCCGCGCUUGAGUGCAAUGCACCAAGAUCGAGACUUGGGUCUUUUCCUGCUAUCCUCGUAA